AUGGUCGCCCCUGCCGCAGGAAUGAGUGUUGACUUUGAACUUCUGGGGGAGACCGCCAACAACAUUUUCAGGAUACAGGGUAUUCAGCACACAGCGUCAGUAACGAGCACCAAGAGUCCAAUCGCUGCCGGGUUACUGGCCAUAUUCCUUGGAGGUCUGGGCAUUCACAAGUUUUACCUCGGCUAUGUGGGGCCGGGCGUGGCGUUACUGGUUGCCUCCACAGUUUCUUUUUUGCUUUCUUUCGUGUUGAUCGGGAUUUUCUUCUUGUUUGUUAUUGGAAUCUUCGUGCUGAUUGAAGGAAUCAUUUACAUCACGAAAUCAGAAGCAGAGUUUCAGAGAAUCUAUGUAGACCAAAAAAGGGCCUGGUUCUGA